AUGGAGACUGUUGAUGCAUUGGAUUACAGUGAACUGGUUGCCUUAAACCAGGAGGAGGCACUGCGCCGCGUUCUCGCGUCGUACCCUCGCAUUGGCCUGCAGGCGACAGAACUCGGACGGGCGCGAAGAAUUGUACAGCGGGCGCUCUACCACAAGCGUGCCGGAGACGCCGUUUUCCUGGCGUACACGUCGAACCUCAUAUCGAGUGGCCUGCGUGACACGUUUGCAUGCCUGGCGCGGGAUCGACUCAUUGAUGGUUUUAUUUCAACCGCAGGAGGGAUUGAAGAGGAUGCCAUCAAGUGCCUUGGGAAGACACUCGUGGGGCAAUUUAGCUUAGAUGGGCGAGAACUCCGGAGAUGUGGCGUCAACCGCACUGGCAAUCUUCUGGUGCCAAAUGACAAUUAUUGUCACUUUGAGAACUUUUUUAUGCCCGUGUUGAAGCAUCUUCAUGAACUGCAACGUGAGUCUCGCUGGGAAACAAUGACGGCGCCAUCUGAGAUGAUUGCGGCGAUUGGCGCGGCGCUUGGGUGCAAGCACCCGGAAACGUGCAGCGAUAGCCUUCUUUACUGGUGCUACCGAAACAACAUUCCCGUCUUUUCACCCGCUCUCACGGAUGGUUCCAUUGGUGACAUGAUUUACUUUUACAAUUAUUCCAAGAAGGGACUUGUUCUGGACCCCAUUGUUGAUGUUGUGCGACUGCGUGAGUUGGGUUGCCGCAACCGCCGGUGCGAUGACAGUCAGGGCGGUAACAGGAGUCAGAAUAAUAAUGGGCGCACCACGUGCAUUGUGUUGGGUGGUGGACUGCCAAAGCAUCACCUGCUGCAAAACGUCCGCGCAGAUACAGUGGUGUAUGUAUCAACAGGACUCGAGGUGGAUGCUUCCCCCAGUUCUUGCAAUGUGGCGGAGGACAGGGCUAACGGCGUGUUGCUGGAUAACUGUGAAGUGGUGCGUGUGCAUGGCGAUGCGUCGUUUGUGUUUCCCCUUCUUUUGUGCAAAGCAGAGACGUCUGCAGACACCCAUAAAGAUGUUGCCGCGUGA